UCUCAAGGCAAGGCGGGGGGGGCACCACAAAAGAAAAUUCUGGACCAAACAAAUGGUUUACCUAAAGCCUACUCAUUAAAAAUAUUACUUUGUGUAGUAUCCACUCAAAAAAAUGGAAGCUGAGACUUGAGAGUUACAAAAAUCUUUGGGAGAUGAUGGCUAAGUUCGUGGUACUCUGAGAAAGGAGAGAGAUUUUGAGUUCAGAAUCCUGAUUUCUGAACUGGGUUUCUCUAGAUGAUUAAGCUUUGUUUGAUGGCUUCUCAUGGGUACCCUCCUGGUGUUGUUCUGCACCAAGACCAGUGCUUGAGCAGAAUCAUCAAGGAUCCUCCACCCUACCUUGCAAGUCAUGGAACAAGACAAGAGGUGGUAACAUCAGGUUUUGCUAAUCUGAUGCCAAAACAUUAUGAGGAGCUGUGGAAACCUGUUCCUUCAUUGUGCAACUGUAACCAGUUUGUUAUUAAUGAUUUGGCAAUAAAAAGGCCAACGCUUAGUGAUGUUCAAGAAGCUUGCCCUGAUUCAAUACUCUUCAGCUCUGGCAUAGCUGAACACUGCACAAGACAAGAAAAAAUCUUGAAAUAUCUUAUAUCGGAAUCAGGUGACCUUGAGAGAGGUGGAGUGGAUCUAUCUUUACUAUCUGAGUUGAUAGGGCUUCACGGAGAACUUAUAUUUGAUGAUCAUCAGCAGCAGCCAUAUGCUCCUUUUCUUAUUUAUCCAGGUGGUGAAUUUGAUGCUCCAAAGCCACUUUUGGAUUUUGUUGGAGAUAUGGCUCGUAGCUCAAAAAUUACAGUUCACCCAAAUGGUCAAGUUUUAUUUGCUGGGAGUAAAGCUGAAAUAAGAGAUAUCCUCUCACUAGUUGCUGAGUUCUACUUAUCUCAAAACUCAGAAAAGAGAGGAAAACAUUCAAUGCUGGUUCCACAAUUUAGCAGUCUUCGGUUGAGCAGAGUGGACAUCACCGAAGCAGAGGCUAACAUGUGUGUGUCUUAUCCAAAGACUGAAGCUGUGACAGUUGCACCUUUGAAGAGUCCUGAGAAAGUCAAGGUCAAGGCCUCGCCAAAGAAAAAGAAAGGUAAGAAGGGACUCAAGGAGAGGGAUCUUUACAAAAAGAAUUACUUCCACGCAUGUGAGAGCCUUCUAUGCUUGAUGCUUGACAAGAGCCAAUAUAGGAAGACAGCAAUUUUGUCGCUGAAGAAGUCUGGCCCUGAACUUCCUGAGCUUCUGGCACAGUUUUCUUCUGGGAUUGCUGGAACUGGCCUUGCUGUUCUUUUUUCUGUAAUAUGUAAAGUUGCAUGUGGUAGGAUGGCCUUCUCUGCAUCUAAGCUUUUAAAUACUGGAAUUGGUUUUGGCCUUGUUUGGUUGUCAUGGGCAGUGAAUAAACUGAGGGAUACAAUUGUACAUCUGAACAAGAAUGGAACGAAGUUGAAUUUGAAGGAGGAUGAGAUGAUGAGGAGAGUGGAUGAAAGUAUGAAGCAGAUUUAUUUCGGAGCUGCAACAUUGAUGACAGUUGCAGUGCUAAGGCUUGUAUGAGCAUGAAGUGGAAAAAUUAAUAGUAGUUGUCUUAUGAAUCCUGACGGUAUGGACAACAUGUCAACUUGGGGUGAUUGUGAUUGCGGAAGUUAUGAGCUUAGCCGGGUUAGCUGAGUGAUGAUUGUAUUAGCAUCCAUCACCGUCAUAAAGAGUGUCUGUUCGCGUCAGCAUGACCUGCUCAGUGCUCAACAAUGGCGCAAGCUUUUGUCUGAUAAAUAAUUGUAUACGAUGAGGAUGUAAAUUGACCAGGGAGGUAAGGGAAGAGGGUUGCAUGGCUGCAUACUGAAACAGGAUCAUUUAAAAGAUGAGAUGCAGUUUUGUCUUCUAAAUAUGCUAUCUUAAGAAUUCUCUAUUCCGGUGCACGAUAUAGUUACCAUCUUUUAUUUAAGAAAGUAGAAUUACCAAAUC